CAGGAAACUCUCAUCUGACGUGGAACUAUUGUGUGUGUGUCUCACAGGAGGAAAUAGUUCCCGAGCGCUGCACGUUUCCAGGGGGAACCUUUACAGGGGGCGGCACCUGAGCGGGUCAGAGGUCACGUCAGUCUGUGACUGUGAAGAAUGACAGGCUAUAAACGAGCCGCUGAUUAAAUGUGACACAAAGCUUACAGUCGUCACCAGGGCUGUCUGAACCGAGAGAGUCUGUGAGGAACGAGGAUCUGUGUUCAGUCUGCUGAGUGACGUCUGAGGGGCGGGGCGUCGCUCACGGCAACCUGUGGCUAUGUGUGACAUCACAGCGAUGCUCCUUAAAGGGCCGGCGCAGGACCUGCUCCGACAGAGACCCGUCCUGAAGCCUACAGGACAGAACCAUAACACUGGACUGCUAGUUGGUUAGAUUUCUCUCAAACAAGGAUGUUUUUUUCAUCUCCUCUGAACUUCGGCUCCUCUCUUCAUCUCACUCGCCUCCUGCUCCUCAUCAUCGCUGUGGCAACACAGGUGGAGGGACGGCCGUCACCACGGCGACCAGAUACUCAGGUUCUGCAGGAUCUGUUCGGGCUGAAGAUCAGCUCUCUGGUCCUAGCUCACCCAGAGAUCAGCGAGGGGUCAGCAGAUGAAGCCCCGCCCCUCUCACAGAUGCGUCAUGCUAACGCCCCUCCGUCACGCAUGUUCCUGGAGCUCCUGGGCCGUCACAGGAAGCUGCAGGGGCGGAGCAGGAAGGGCAUGGCACGCGGCUGCUUCGGGAUGAAGGUGGACCGGAUCGGGGUCAUCAGUGGACUGGGAUGCUGACGCUCUCAGGUGAUCGAGACCUUCACCUGAGCAUCACAGAUCCGGCUCUUCUCCUGAUGUUUGUGUUGACUGUCGGAUCAUUGUUUCUGUCCGGACGGAUGUGACAAGAGAGACUGAAGCGGAUAAACUCUGCAGAACACACACCUUCAUGUGUUUGUCUUCUAAAGAUCCUGAGGUUUUCUCAGCAGUGUGUGUGUGUGUGUGUGUGUGUGUGUGUGUGUGUGACCUCUGGCUGAUUGUCCGGUCAGUUUUGUCUUCUGUGUUUGACGUGACAGAGCUUCUGUUCAGUUUGUGAGUGGGAACUUUUUCUCAAUAUUUAACACAAGUUUAAACUUGUUUGUGUGUCCUCCAUAAAUAUUAUUUAACAUCUAAAUCUGAGCUGAUGUUG